UUUAGGCAAAAUGUAAAUAAAACAGCAUCCAGUGAUGCCGCUCAGAAUUACGUUCAAAUUGAAUAUAUCGACAUUUUAUUGUUCAUGACAGUCGCUUCACGAGGUCAGCAGUAGCUGUACAGGAUGGUGCCAUCAUCGGCUAGAACUUACAUCUGGCAGGCUUGGCCGAUGUAGUUUGACAUUUGUGCAUUAUUCCCGGAGGUGUCAAAAGUAAAGGCAAAAGUAAAUGUAUGGUGUGCUCCAUCAUGAACUCUCCGGUUGACCCACUAGCUCCAUCCCCAUCUCAGCCUCCAGCCCAGGCCCAGGCCCAGGCCCAGGCCCAGGCUCCUUCAGGGGGCUUAGGCGCCAUGCUGACCCAGAAGCGUCUGUUUGGCAUCGGAGCCUUCCUGGGCUGGAUAGUGCUCUUCCACCUGAUGGUGAAUGUGUGGCUGCUGUGCGUCUUCACCAGCCUGCUGGUGGUGCUUGGCGCCUGGGUGGCCUCGCAGGUGAUCCUGGACUCUGAGCGCGUGGUCCAUCUGGAACGCUUCUUCACCCUGGAGCGCAUUGCCUCCUCUGAGGAGAGCGAAUGGCUGCUGGACCGCGAGAUCGAGAGCACUGUGGCCAAGAUCAUCCGCGACUUUGUGUCGUCGUGGUACGGCACGGUGUCCUCGGAGCCGGCGUUUGAGAUGGAGGUGCAGAGGGCCAUGAUCGCCAUGGCAAUGGAGCUGAAGCUGCGUAGCAUGAAGGUUGACACCAAAGUGUUGACGCAGAGGGUCCUGGACCUGUUCGGGGGCCACCUGCAGAGCUACAUAAAGGCCAAGCAGAACAUGGUGAAAUCACAACAACAACAACAAAAACAACAAACAAAGCAAAUGCAGGAAGAUGGUGGCUCCCAUGACAGUAUGUGGGAGCUCUACUGCAAAGAGAGUCCACCUCACCCAGCCGUGCAGAGCUCAGCGGUGGAGGUGAACUACGCCCGGGCUAUAGUCGACCUGCUUCUGCACGUGCUCGUGCCGCCGCCACACCUGGAAACGCGGACGGGGAGGUUCGUGGUGGGGGAGUUGAUCACCUGCAAUGUGCUGCUACCGCUCAUCUCCAAGCUCUCCGACCCAGACUGGCUAAACAUGAGCAUCGUGGAGAUCUUCACCAGGUCUGCAGAUCCCGUCGUGACACCAGCUAGUAAUAACCCGCCUGUAGAGCCUCCAGCCAUGAAGCCUUCUGCAACACGCGAGGCCCACAAGGUCCUCCCUCCCACCCCCAAGAAAGCAGCAACGGUUCCUCUCAUCCCUCUCAGACCAGCCGAUAAGACAGACGGACUCGGUAAUGUCGAAAUCGCGACUGUUGUUGAGACACCUGCUGUGGAUGUCAAGGACUCCGCAGUGAUCACCAACUCCCAGCAGUUCAGCAACAGUGAGGAGGUGGAGGCCGCCCGGCCCGCGUUAGACUUGACCGAAGGACCCGCGCUCAUAGUGCGCCGGCCCAUGGACUUCCUCCGGCCCGGCAAGUCCAACCCCUUCUACCAGGAGAAUGAUUCGGACCUGGAUUCACCACUCCUGGACGGACGCAAGGGCUCCACCGAGUCCCUGGUGCUCAUCAGCCCCAUCCAUGACGUCAACGGCCAGACCAAAGACGAGGUGUUGGCGGUGGACGCGGUGGCAGAGCUGGAGGAGGGGGUGGAGGAAGGGGUGGAGGAGAGAGCAAUGGGAGAUGGGAUGGGAGAGGAGGAGGUGGACGAGGAGGAGGAGGAGGAAGGGGGUGACGUGGCAGAGUUUGCGGGGACCAGUUGUCCAGAGGUCUCCUUUCCCCCCAAAGUCCUGAUUGGCUCCAAAGAAGGGCGCAGAGGCUCGGUGUCUGCAUCGGACAUGGGGUCCCGGACAGAGGAGUCGUCUAGCUUCUGCAACCUCCAUGAGCUGGACUCUGAGUGCCCGUCUGUGGAGAGAGGCAUGCUGAGCCUGGAGGUACCCGGGAUGGAGACUGUGGCGAUGACCAGCCCCAAUGAGCUGGCGGUGCCCACCCCUCUCCUGGCAUCCUCGCCCUCUACAGGUGUUGGCUUGAUGCCGUCUGGCUCGUUCACCUUUGACCCCUUGUGUAGUCCGGAGGGUCCCGUGAUCAUCCAGAACCUGCGCAUCACUGGGACCAUCACGGCCAAGGAGCACCGAGGCACCGGGUCACACCCCUACACACUCUACACCGUCAAAUAUGAAACUAGUAUGGAACCUGAAAACCCGUGUUCUGUGGCAUAUCACAUGGUGAACCGCAGAUACAGCGAGUUUCUAAACCUGCAGACCAGGCUGGAGGAGAAACCGGAGUUGCGAAAGAUCAUCAAGAAUGUUAAAGGGCCAAAGAAGAUAUUUCCGGAUCUCCCAUUUGGAAACAUGGACAGCGACAAGGUGGAAGCCAGAAAAAGUUUGCUUGAGAAUUUUCUGAAGCAACUGUGUGCCAUACCAGAAACAGCAAACAGCGAUGAAAUGCAGGAGUUUCUUGCCCUUAAUACAGACGCGAGGAUCGCCUUUGUGAAGAAGCCCUUAAUAGUGUCUCGGAUAGACAAGAUUGUGAUGAACGCCAUCGUGGACACGUUGAAGACGGCCUUCCCUCGCUCAGAGCCCCAGAGCCCCACGGAGGACAUGGACGUGGAGACGGACGGGAAACUGGACAAGAAGUCAAAGUCUCGUCUGAGGUUCUCCAGCAAGACAGCUCCUGCUCUGAUCGUCACUGACAUCAUGCCUAAAGUACUCUACUGCUUUGAUGAGCAAAGCACGGUGUUUAAUGGCCGGACAGUGGAUGGCCUGGAGGCCUUCAUCGAGGAGCAGGAGGCUCUGGCAGCCCAGGCCAGCUCGCAGGAGGCCACGGCCAGAGGAGAGGGCGGCCUUGCCGUGAAGCAGGGGGAGACACUCAAACCGGCAGUGUGUGAGUCGUGUGUGAGUGAGGUGGCUCUGGACCUGCUGUGCCUGCUGCUCAGGGAGCAGUGUAGCUGGCUCUGCCAGGAGAACACCCAGAGGGCCAUCAGACUGCUGUUCGGCACACUCAUCGACAGAUGGCUGGAGGUGCAGGUGUGUAACCUGACCUGUACGCAGUACUGGGUGACGUACCUGCGCGUGCUGCAGGAGGCCGUGUGGCCCGGUGGCCGCCUCCCCCUCUCGCCCCGCCCACAACGCUCACCUGAGCAGCAGAAGGACACGCGCCGCCAGUCCCUGGUCAGCCUCAUGGACCUGCUCCCAGACAUGGUAUCUGAUGUGAUGGGUGCUGAGAAGUACAGGCUCUCAUGGCAGACAGUACUGGACUCCCUACAGAACCAGCACAUAAACAGGCAUUUGGUGUACUGCAUAUGGGACCUGCUGCUGGAGUUGGUGGUUCCUGAGGCAGCUGAGGAAUCCUUACAGAAGUCCCUACUGCACAGCCUGUCUAAGAACGCGGACAAGCUGCUGCCAUGAUGACACACACACACACACACACACACACACACACA